AUGUCUAGAUAUAUAACAAAGUAUUUAUUAAGUCAAUUUUUGAUAAAAAGAGCAAAUUUUUCAACGAUGGUAUUUGAGUUACCACCACUACCUUACCCUAAGACAGCUUUAUUACCAGUAAUAUCUUUAGAAACACUUGAUUAUCACUAUGGCAAACAUCAUGCAGGGUAUAUUAAUAAAUUAAAUAUGCUGAUUAAAGGUACAGAGUUUGAAAAUAGUAAAGAUUUAAUUGACAUUAUUAUGAAAUCUACAGGUGUGAUAUAUAAUAAUGCAGCUCAAGCUUGGAAUCAUACUUUCUAUUGGAAAUGUUUAAGAUCUCCAAGUAAAGAAAAUAAACCAAUAAAUUGCACCCUAAUAAAUAAGAUUCAGGAAGCAUUUGGUUCUUUCAUGAAAUUUAGGGAGGUAUUUAGUGCUGCAGCUACGAGUCAUUUUGGUUCUGGCUGGGUGUGGUUGGUUUUACAAUCAAAUAGUGAAUUGGCUGUUGUACAAACCCAUGAUGGUGAUAACCCUUAUAGAUUGAACUUAGGAGAACCAAUAUUAGUAUGUGAUGUUUGGGAACAUGCAUAUUAUAUUGACUACAGAAAUAAUCGUAAUGAUUAUGUUGAAAACUUUUUCGAACUUGUUAAUUGGGACUUUGUUGCAGAUAGAUUGAAGGAAAGUCUAAAUUAG